GUUGUUUUAUUAAUUUUUUUUCGGUGUUUUUUUUUGAUGAUUUGGGUGAGUUUCUGACGAUGGGAUGCGAUCGGAGGCUGGGACCCAGCUUUUGAGGUAUCGAAACGCGGGAGAGUGAUUGUUGUUGGGUUUUUUGGGUUUUUAACACUCGGUGGGGAACGUUUUUGUGGAUUUAGCGAGUUCUCAGUGCGCCCAGAGGAUUAUACUGUGGUAAUUUUGAUGAUUUCUUUAGGAUUUUUUAUUCUCCGGUGGGAAGAAGCGACGGAUUGUUGAACCAUUGAGCAUCAUUAUCACUGGACAACAUCCGGAGCGACGAUAUUGUUAUAUCUCGUUUGUCGUUAGUGCUCGACGUUCUGUGUUUGUGUGUGAAACGCAGAGAUGUAAAAUUAUGAGAUGAUUUUCCCACUGAGUUUCACACAAUUUUAUCCCACGUGACAUGUGCAACAGGAAUUAAUCUAAUGACUGGUGAAAUUGAUCACAAGUGCCGAUAGUCGCGAUUGAUAGUAGUGUUACCGAUAAUUUAUUGGAUAAUUAACGAGCUUUUGGUGAGGAAUAAAAUCGUGAUUAUCGAUAAAAUUUCGAAAAGAUGCUGGCGCUCGCGAUGCGACGCGAACACGCAACUGGACGAAGUAGUGGUAAUAAUUAUGAGCCGGCAAAUCCACUAGCUGGUUUCGAUCAUCUCCAGCAGAAUCCAUUUGCACAUCAUGGGAGCAAUGAAUCGAGACGCGAUCAAUCGAUGAAUGAGGACGGCGAACUACAGGAGUUUGUGGAUAUUGCCCAGGUACAGCAGUUGCUCCAGCAGCAGACGCAGCAGACACAGCAUCAUCAUCAUCAACAGCAACCGGCGACUUCCUGUCUGUGGGGCGCGGUUUAUCCACCACCACCACCGACCAUUGGCUAUCCUCAUCAUCAUCUUCAUCAUCAUGGAGCCACGACCAACCAUCCGCCAGGCGAGGACACGCAGUGCGGACCGGCAGAAACAACCGCGGCGGCGUCAACCACCACCGCGGCUGACCAAUCGUCAAUCCAGAGAAUGACGAUGGACGGAAUUGAAGUGGUUGGCACACAACAUCAUGCCACCGCACCAUUUCUACUAUCAUCACCACCACCCGGCCACCAUCAUCAUCUCCAUCAUCAUCAUCAUUCAGCACCGAGUCAUCAUCCACACGGCUACAAUAUACAAACUGUCCAGUUGAGUUUUGAUGCAUGUCUUGCGUACAAUACAUCACCGACAAGUUCAGUGACAGCGGGACGUGUAUCACCGACAACUGGUACAACAGUCAAUACAGCCAAUGGUACUGGCAAUGCUGUACCACUUUUAACACUGUCAAGCUGCAUGACACUUCAUCCAGCGAGCUCAAAUUCACCGGAUCUUCAUCAUCGACAUCAUCACAAUCAUUAUCACACCGAUUCACAGCCACACUGUGAUGAUCCAUCGUCACCUGGUGAAUCAGCUGAGAAGAGUAUUCAGAGAAAUGGGGAUGAUGAUGAUGCGUGCAGUGGUAAUUGUCGGGAUGAAUUGCGGGACAAUGGGGAUAAGGAUAAACCUGGGGAUCUCAAUACACCGGUAACAACCAGCAGCGAUCUACCGUCGUUCUUUGGACCCUCGGCCCUCGUUGAACCGCCGCCCAUAUCAGGUAGUCUUACGGGCGAGGAUUUGUCCCUCGAGGAGGCAACAGUAGACGACGAAGACACCCAGAAUCGCGAUCACCAUCAUCACCGUGACAAUCAGGACAGCGUAACAACAGGCCAAACGACAUCGAGUCCCCAGCGUCACCACCAGGAUGACGUCGAUCGUUGUAACGUCCUCCAAGGUGGUGUAAUCCUGUACUCAUCGCCACACUCGACGGUCUCAUCAGCACCGACGAGUGUCAACAUCUGCAAUGUCCCAACCCUGACGUACAGAGGUGUCUUCACAACGACAUGCACCCAAUCCUCCACCCUGAACACCCUCCAGACGCCUCAGCAACAGCAGCAGCAGCAGCAACAGCAGGCGAACCAAGAGCUCUGGGGAUCAAUUCCCUCGCCGACAUCUCUGACCCUGACCAGCCAGCCAUUUCUCCAUCCCACCCUGCACUCAUCACCCUACGGUAACGAGACCGUUGAACUCCUCCAAGUCGACUCCAAACCACCUCCACCACCUCCCGGCUAUCACGACACCCCCUCAUCAACCCCAACGACCUGGCUGAGUCACGAGGAGAGUUACGAUCCAAAUCUCCUGUCCCAUCAUCAUCAGCCCCACUCACACCAUCAGGAGCCCACCCUCAAGCAGGAGCCCGUCACAAAUUCCGGUUACACUCCCAAUGUUCAACAGCAUCAACAGCCACCCCAGUCCCAGCAACAGACCUCCACCAAUUCUGGUGCUGUUCAACUCGCUGAAUACAAUCCAAGCACCUCAAAGGGACACGAAAUAUUGUCACAAGUUUAUCAACAGAGUGCAUUGCCCCUCAGACUCGUACCAGUUAAACCACGAAAGUACCCCAACAGACCCAGCAAAACACCUGUACAUGAACGACCUUAUGCUUGUCCCGUUGAUGGCUGUGACAGACGUUUCUCACGUAGUGAUGAACUCACUCGUCACAUACGCAUUCACACAGGUCAAAAGCCAUUCCAGUGUCGCAUAUGCAUGCGCUCCUUCUCCAGGAGUGAUCAUCUGACGACACACGUUAGGACACACACCGGGGAGAAGCCAUUCUGCUGUGAACAGUGUGGUAGGAAAUUUGCGAGGAGUGAUGAGAAGAAGAGACAUGCCAAGGUACAUCUCAAGCAGAGGCUCAAGAGAGAGUCCAGCCAUUCAAACUCCAGAAAUCAUCCCCAAUCCCAUGCCUCGUCGCCUUGUAAUUAGUUUAUUCCAGUUUAUUUUUUUUCUUUGUCAAGUCGUUAAUUGUUUUAAGGUUGAGAGCGAUCAAGAGCCAGUAUCGAAUUUAAAUGAUUUAUUGAUCUCUUUAAAUACUCAAUGAUGGUGUUACGUGCCCUACGUCGAUACCCUGUGUCUUUCAAUCGUGUGACUGGGCAAUCGCUUUGUUAUUUCGGUUGGCAAGGGGUGCGAUAAUGGCAGUUGGAAUUUUUUUGUCGACUUUGGAAAUUUCGGGAAAUUGUUGACGGUCAAGAUGUGGGAGACUUUGGGAUAUUUUCUUUCUCUGUGGAAUGUUUUUUUGUCUUUUAACAUCUGCAGGAGUGAAUUCAUGUCGAUACUGAACCGAGAAAAUGGAAAAUAUUUUUUAAAUCUGAGAAACAAAUUGUUUUGGAGAAAAAUUAAUGGAAUAAUUGAACUUUUUAACUAGUUUUUGUCACCAGCCUUUAGAUAAUUGUUCGGAAUCUCGUUGAACUCACUCCGAUUCAAAAUUUGAGCAGAAAUUGAAUUUGCGUUUCCGUUUCGUUGGGAAUUAAAUUCCGAGUUGGUCCACCCCUUCUCAACCGAUUUCUACUCCCUUUAAAAAAUGAAAUAUGACGUAAGGAUAAUGCUAGCCUCCGUUAAAUUGUGUCUCCGUGAACCGGGCACGCUAAAUCCCGGCCGUACCAUCCAAAGUUCGAUUUUUUCCAAAAAAAAAACGAAAGAAAAUGAACGAAAAAAAAAUUUUAAAAAAUUGUCCGUUGAGUCAACGGUACACGACUCCACACUCACCGCCAUAAAACCCCUACUGAUUGUGCGAUGAGAGCAGAAUGUUAUGUUAUAAAAAUUAUACAUAGAUAUAUUAUAUAUAAAGUUUAAACUGAAAAAAAAAACACGCAAGUGUAAUUAUCGAUGGUGAUUUAUCGUUGUUAAAUGGGAAAAAAUGUGACUUUUUUCUUGUAAAUAUGUAUAUACUACGCCGUGUUAUAUGUAUACAUAGAACUAUGUGUAACUGGCUACAAGACACAGUGAAAACCGCCAAAAUAUGAAAUACUGAUGCAACAAAAAAACAACAAUCACAAAUUUUAACAUUGAAAAUAAGACAUUUUACUCGUUCCACCCACUUUUUCCUCACACCCAUACGUUCGAAAACACAAAUUCAACAGUUAAUUAACCAGUAACAGUCUUUGGUCACAGUUGAAACUAUUUGCCUAGUAUUGAACUAUUAUACAUAUGUGUAUACAUAUGAUUACCGCGAUAAUUAAUAUUAUGUAUAUGUUGCUCUAUUUAUUAACAGAAAAAAAAAAGUUAAUGAAAAUAAAAUGCGUACCUCGUGUACGUUGAUUAUUCUCGCGCACACAGACACUAGCAUAAAAUACAUAUAUAUUGAGAAUAACUAUAUGUGUAUAUAUUGUUGAUAUAGAACGAGUAUUUUUAUUACGAAAAGAAAAAUAAUAAAUUAGAAUUGAAGAGCGAGAAAGAGAGAGGAAAAAUUGUUUUAAUUAGAAGGGGAAAAGACGUUGGAUGAGAGAUGAAUUUUUCCGAGCUUAGUGAUGUGUGCGCGUCUGAUCCCUUCGCCUCCUUUUCCCCUUUGCAAUUUAUUGUCCCUUUUCCCUUUGAAAGAGACUCCCCCGUCCACCCGUCAGAGAAUACUUUUUUACAAAGAAAUGAUAUUAUCCUAUUCGCCUAGAUAAAUUUAAUGAAACACAUAAAAAAAAAUACAACAACAACAAAUGUGAAAUAUAAUAUUAUAUACACUGUUUUUUUUUUGUCAAGUGCCAUGCACGUCAAAUUCGAAAAAUUACCUGUAUUUCCAGUCGUUGUCGUCGCAGUGCAACAUUUGAGCGCUGCCCACGAUAAUUAUUAACAAGAGAACAAAUACAAGUUAACGAUGAUUCACAAAA